AUGUUUGAACGCGCGUUAUUUCUUACACUUGUACUACUGUGUUGCGAAGCUCAGAAUGUCGGCCUGUUAUCCAGUAUCGCCGACUCCACGCGCUAUUGGAUGAACGAUAUAACAAAGCUUCCGAUUGUCCAGCAAAUCUCAAAAGUAUCGGGAGAUCUACUUGUUCAAAGUGUUGACGUAUUAACAAAAAUACCGCUUGCCAUGGCUCGAUCUCUUGAUCUUAAUGACGUAAUAUUUCCACUGUUCACAAGCGACAGCAAUGUCGUGGACCUGACAGAUCAAAUCAUCAGCGAAUUCAACUCCGGUCUUGACAAUGAAGACAUCACAUUAAAUAUGAGCAAUUUAGUGACAAAAUAUGGCUAUCCGAUAAAGAGGCAUCAGGUUACAACCAAGGACGGAUAUAUUUUAUCAAUGUACAGAAUUCCAAACAAUGGGUCCGUAGUAUUCCUGAUGCACGGUCUACUUGGAAGCUCGGACGAUUUUGUCGUAGCAGGCCCGGAGAGUGGACUGGCUUAUCUUUUAUCAAACGAAGGGUACGACGUGUGGAUGGGCAACAGUCGUGGCAAUAAGCACUCACGCCAACAUCUGGUCCUGGAUCCUUCGCAAUCGGCCUUCUGGGACUUCUCGUGGCAUGAAAUCGGAUGUUACGAUCUCCCAGCUAUGAUAGAUUAUGUGCUCCAAGUUACUAAGACAAACAAACUGAAAUACGUAGGUCAUUCGCAAGGGACCACUUCAUUCUUCGUAAUGGCUUCCGAAAUACCAGAAUACAAUAGCAAAAUAUCUCUUAUGGUUGCGUUGUCACCUGUAGCUUUCAUGGCGCAUGUGAAAUCACCGUUAGUGAAACUUCUAGCCCCAGGCACUCCACUACUUCACAGCAUGAUGCAAAGCCUGGGUGUUGGCGAGGUUCUACCAGACAAUAGCGCAUCAAGGAUUUUGAGACGGGUCCUCUGCGGUAUUGGACCGUUGGCGGAAAUCUUUUGCAGUAACAUUAUUUUCCUCUUCGUUGGGUUCGAUUUUGGGCAACUGAAUGUGACCAAUCUACCGGUGUUGUAUGGUCAUAUACCAUCCGGCGCGUCUAUUAAGCAAUUCGCUCAUUACGGCCAGGGUGUUGUAUCGGAGGAUUUUAGACAAUUCGAUUAUAGAGAUAGUAAAAAUUUAGAUUUAUACGAGUCGAAUGUGCCACCCAGUUAUAACUUGGAGAACAUCGUAGCACCAGUUUCUUUGUUCUAUAGUGAAGCGGACUGGUUUACUGAUCCGAGGGAUGUAAAUGCACUGUAUAAAAGGCUAGGAAACGUAAUAGAUGUGUACAAAGUGCCUUAUGAACAGUUUUCACAUUUAGAUUUUAUAAUAGCCAAAGAUUUUAAGCCGUUAAUUUAUUCGCGGCUACGUAAAUUGUUGAGGGACGUUUAA